ACUUCUACCACAAGACUGAGGAUUCCUCGUGUUUCACCACGUCUCCUUGUGCUGCAGGUAUUUGAAGGAAACCAGGACACGGAGACACCUGUCCUCGGCCUUUUCAACACUUCCACGGUGGCCCGUUACAUCCGGAUCAACCCACAGACCUGGUACCAGAACGGGACGCAGGGGGACAUCUGUCUGAGAGCUGAGGUGUUGGGCUGCGCACUCCCAGAUCCAAAUAAUAUCUACGCGUGGCAGACACAGCCAACAGGGUCUAAAGACGAGCUGGACUUCAGACACCACAACUACAAGGAGAUGAGAAAGUUGAUGAAGUCGGUGAACGAGGCGUGUCCGGACAUCACUCGCAUCUACAGCAUCGGGAAGAGUUACACGGGUCUGAAGCUCUACGUCAUGGAGAUCUCUGACAACCCUGGGAAACACGAGCUGGGAGAGCCAGAGUUCCGUUACGUUGCAGGGAUGCAUGGGAACGAAGUGCUGGGCCGAGAGCUUCUGCUCAAUCUCAUGCAGUACAUGUGCCAAGAGUACAAGCGGGGCGACCAGCGCAUCGUCCGCCUGGUCACAGAGACUCGCAUCCACCUUCUGCCCUCCAUGAACCCCGAUGGAUAUGAGAUGGCCUUUAAAAAGGGCUCAGAACUGGCAGGUUGGGCCUGGGGUCGUUACAGCUAUGAAGGUAUCGACAUGAACCACAAUUUUGCUGACCUAAACUCAGGGAUGUGGUCCGCCAUCGAGCUGGAGACAGACCGGUCCAAGCUCAUCAACCACUACUUCCCCAUCCCCGAGCAUUACACCUCUGAGGAGGCCUUUGUGGCGUCAGAGACCCGAGCUGUCAUCAACUGGAUGCAGAACAUCCCAUUUGUUCUCAGCGCUAACCUCCAUGGCGGGGAGCUGGUGGUCGUCUACCCGUUCGACAUGACCCGGGACUGGGCACCUCACGAGCACACGCCCACCGCUGAUGAGAGCUUCUUCCGCUGGUUGGCCACAGUGUACGCCAGCACCAAUCAGGUGAUGUCCAACCCGGACCGGCGGCCCUGCCACAACAAGGACUUCAUUAGAUACAACAACAUCAUCAAUGGAGCUGCAUGGCACAACGUACCAGGAAGUAUGAAUGAUUUCAGCUACCUGCACACCAACUGUUUCGAGGUGACGGUGGAGUUGUCCUGUGAUAAAUUCCCUCACGCCAGCGAGCUCCCCAUCGAGUGGGAGAACAACAGAGAAUCUCUGCUGGUUUACAUGGAGCAGGUCCACCGUGGAAUAAAGGGAGUGGUGCGAGACAAAGACACAGAGGCUGGCAUAGCAGAUGCCAUCAUUAAAGUCGAUGACAUCGAUCAUCAUAUCAGAUCAGUUACCGAUGGAGACUACUGGCGGCUGCUGAAUCCCGGUGAGUACCAGGUGACGGUCAGCGCAGAGGGCUACUUCCCCUCCUCCCGCACCUGCCAGGUCAUGUACGACCACUACCCGACAAUCUGUGACUUCCGCCUCACCAAGAUGCCCAAACAGAGGCUAAAAGACAUUUUGGCGAGGGGAGGGAAACUCCCCAAGGACCUGCAGCUCCGGCUGCGACAGCUACGCCUGCGCAAGCUCCGCGUCACCACCAAGGCCAUCAACCAGAGGCGCAACGCUUCCAAACGGGCAAAGAGGAUGUGAUGAUUGAAGAGAAUAUCAGAACAAAGCUGGACUUGGUUCAGUUCACUUUGGGUUCAGAGACACCCAUCUUCACUGGAUUUAUGUCACUUCAUGAUUUAAAAAGAAAUUGCUGUUACCUUGCUUCUAUUUUCAGCAACAUGCAGUUUUACACCUGAGAAAUUAGGUUUCAUCUUCUGCUGUGGAGCAGCAGAGCAACUGAGGGAACAGUUCCUCGCUUAAGGUCACAUUUAUACAACAGUAAUGUGGUGGCUCACUGGAUUUAAUAUAAAGGACUAUGAGGGUGAAGUGUGACUUUUUAGCUUUCAAAGUGUUCACAUCCAGUGUAGGAAAUGUGUACGUUUUAUAUGCAGCACAGCAGGAAAAUGACAGGGCUACAGUUUCAUUACAUUACAGAAUCCUAAUAUAAAUUAAGGGACAAAUCCGGGAUAUGUUUUUAUGCUAAUCAUAUCCACUGUGCAGGAAUACAGAGCCAAAACAACAAUAAAUGUGUCAUUUUCUAAAUACCUGUAUGAUUGUUAAAUGAUGGUGCAGAAAGAGGCCCUCGCCUCUUUUGAUUGAUACUAAAACCUGUUCACCUAAAUCAUUAAAACAUUUUUUCCUCAAA